AUGGGAAAUAGCCCAAGUUUGAAUUCCGACCUGCUUGAAGCUGUAUCCUUUUAUCUCUAAAUAUCUAUAUUAAUUCCUUAAUUUAUUUAUUAUCAGUAUUUAAUUUAUAUUAGAAUAUCUAAUAAAGACAGUUCAGAAGCUGUAAAACACCUCACUCAAGGAGCAAAUCCCAACGCAAUUGACUCAUCUGGGCGUUCAUGUCUGCGAAUUGCUUUAGACAAUGGUGAUGCUGACCUAUUUAGGAUUCUCUAUGAAAUUGGAGCAUUAAUUAUCCCACCAGUCUCCAAUACUACACCGCUUCACCUUUCUAUUGAGAACUCCCAUUACAAAUUAUCUCGCUAUUUUUUACGUGAUCAGAGGUCUUUUCCCAAUUAUAGCUCACCGUACAUUUUUCUCAAAAAAUAGGAAAAUAAUAUUAAAAAUAGGAUUUUUUUAAGAAAAAUGCCUGAAAGACUAUGCUUGGACAUAGAUUACUUAAUUUAAUUCUUCUCGGAUUGGGCUCAAGCGCGCACAGGCUUUUCCCUCGGCUUGGUCGCUCCCUACGAUUUGACAUAUGGCCUGUCGACAAAAUUUGCUCCUUCUAGCCCUCCAUACGCCAUUUGAAAGCCUAGAAGUUCCAGGAUCACUUACGGCUUGGCGUAUCGCCUCACUCUAUCCAACUUUCCUCCACUAUCUAUCAGCCUAAGGGCUCUGCCUUUAUCGGGCAGUGGAAAGAGCUAUAGAACGAUAUUUGUAGGAUGCGAAGCAAGAAAACCUUCGCUGUUUCGUCCCUAUUAGACAGAAGUGCAUAUGUAAAAACCUAACCCUAUAAUCAUAAAAUUUGGAAAGAAAUUCAUAAUGUAUUCUCCUCUCAUCCGAAACCAUUUUAUUAUUAUGCCUAAAAUACUAUACAAAAACACAAGGAAUUGGAAUGGACAGACCCCUCUUCACAUUGCAGCCAAAAAAGGAAGCUCAGAGCUGAUAGCGUUACUAUUGAAAUAUAAUGCACAUCCUUUUAUCAAAGAUAAUGAUGGAAAAACACCAAAAGACUUGGCGAUUGAGGUGAAUACAAGGGAGACUGAUGAAAUUAUUGAGCAGCUGUCAAUGGAAGAUUUGAUAGUAAAAACUCCAAACAGUGGGAAAUUUGUGGAGACUGAUUCAGGAGAUUUACAGGUGAUGGCUCCAAAGAAAGAAAAUUCAAAAAGCACACAUGGAUCAUCUACUGAACAAGAAGAAUCGGAAUAAUAAAAAAAUCCCCUAUUUUUACUAAAAAAAAUAGAAUUGCCUCUGCCUUCUAAGAGGCCAUCCCUUAUAGAGGAAAAAAAUUUAUUUUUUUUAGAAGAAUCCACUUUAAGUUUGCUAGAAGAAACUUUAAAAGCUACAAGAAUUCCUACAAUAAAAAACAGUGAAUUAAUAUUCGAAGAACUCAUCAACAGAGGCAGCUCUUGCUUAGUUUUCAAAGGUAAAUGAAGAGGGACAGAAGUGGCAAUUAAGCAGUUUAAGUUGGAAUAUUCAACGACUUUUAAAGACAUGGAAAAAUUUGUGAAGGAAAUACAGAUUUUAGACAGGGUCAGACACCCAAAUUUGAUUUUAUUAAUGGGAAUAUGUGUUGACAAGCCUAAUUUCUGCCUGGUUUCUGAGCUCGUGCCGAAUUGUUCACUCUUCCAAGCUAUCCACAAGCGAAAAGACCACCCUUUAAGCCUUCUUGAGCGUUUUAAUAUUGCUAUACAGAUCACCCAAGGACUAGCUUAUUUGCAUUCAAAUAAUCCUCCAAUUAUCCAUCGUGACUUGAAGCCAGAAAACUGCCUUGUAAUUUCUAUAUAAACUUAUUUAUAUUAAAAAUCAUUUUUUAAUGCAUUUUUUUUAAUUAAUAAAAUUUUUUUAUUUUUUGGAUAUUUAAUUAUAUAAAGGAUAGCUUGAUCAUUCUUAUAACGUAAAAAUCGCUGAUUUUGGCCUUGCACGUCCACUGAAUUGUCUUAGAGGGGAAGAAUCUCAAACAACUCUUUGUAUUGGCACAACCCGGUUUAUGGCUCCGGAGCUGUUUGAUAAGGACCAAAUCCAAAGUAUAGGUGUAGAAGUUGACAUAUGGGCCUUAGGCUGCUUAUUAAUUGAGCUUUUUUCUAACAAAAGACCAUGAAAUUAUAUUUCAAGUUCCAAUGCAAAUUGCAUUUACUAUGAAAUUUUUCAAAAAAAGCCUAUCCCAAUACCAAGCUCAAUCCCAGAUCUAUUGAAAUUUAUACUGUAAUCUAUUGAUAUUGCUAUAUUAUAGCAAAAUUAUAUAGAAAUUAGCUUGAAAAUAAAAUUGGUAGCUUAUAUUUAUUCUCUUUUAUAUAGCAUAUCAUUAGAAGUUGCUGUGAUUAUACACCAACAUUUAGGCCUCGGACGUCUCAAAUUCUUGAGAAACUUAACGAGGCAAAAACUGUUCUUUGUAUUAGUAAAUAA